AACUUGUAACUUAUUACAACGCUUCCGAGUACAGGAGAUCUCGAUCGCUUUUUCUUAUUCCCGUCUGAGCCUGCGUCAGGCUUCGCUUCUGCCUCGAUCGAGAGAGAACGUAGGCUGUUGGCCUUUACAGAGUUCGGAGAGAGAGAGAGAGAGAGAGGGAGUAUAUAGAGCUGUAUCAGAUCUCUCUGAUUCUUCACACUCAGCCAUGGCUCAGCCCCUUGUGAAGAAGGACGACGAUCGCGACGACGAAGCGGAGUACUCUCCAUUUCUAGGUAUUGAGAAGGGUGCAGUUCUUCAGGAAGCUAGGGUUUUCAACGAUCCACAGCUUGAUGCCAGGAGAUGUUCUCAGGUCAUUACGAAACUUCUUUAUCUACUGAAUCAGGGUGAAACAUUCACUAAGAUUGAAGCAACAGAAGUAUUCUUUGCUGUAACGAAGCUUUUUCAGUCAAAAGACAUAGGUUUAAGAAGAAUGGUCUAUUUGAUGAUAAAGGAGCUCUCCCCCUCAGCAGACGAGGUUAUUAUUGUCACAAGCUCCCUCAUGAAAGACAUGAAUAGCAAAACUGAUAUGUAUCGGGCAAAUGCUAUUCGUGUACUUUGCCGAAUAACAGAUGGGACACUCCUCACACAGAUAGAAAGGUACUUAAAACAAGCUAUUGUCGACAAGAAUCCUGUUGUAGCAAGUGCAGCCCUUGUCAGUGGCAUUCAUUUACUCCAGACAAAUCCUGAGAUAGUCAAAAGGUGGAGUAAUGAAGUGCAGGAUGCGGUUCAAUCAAGGGCAGCCCUUGUGCAAUUUCAUGCCCUUGCACUGCUUCACCAGAUAAGACAGAAUGAUCGAUUAGCUGUUAGCAAGCUAGUUACUAGUUUGACAAGGGGAACAGUUCGCUCACCUUUGGCCCAGUGCCUUUUGAUUCGUUAUACUAGUCAGGUGAUUCGAGAGUCGGGCACCAACACACAAUCUGGUGACAGACCAUUUUAUGACUAUCUUGAGAGCAGUCUUCGCCACAAAGCAGAGAUGGUGAUCUUUGAAGCAGCAAGAGCAAUUACAGAGCUUAGUGGAGUCACAAGUCGAGAACUGACUCCAGCUAUUACUGUACUACAGCUCUUUCUAAGUUCUUCCAAGCCAGUGCUGCGAUUUGCAGCUGUCCGCACUCUGAACAAGGUGGCAAUGACCCAUCCCAUGGCUGUCACAAAUUGCAACAUAGAUAUGGAGAGCUUAAUUUCUGACCAGAACAGAAGUAUUGCUACACUGGCGAUUACAACACUUCUUAAGACAGGAAAUGAAUCAAGUGUUGACCGCUUGAUGAAGCAAAUUACGAAUUUCAUGUCAGAUAUUGCAGAUGAGUUCAAAAUUGUUGUCGUGGAAGCCAUCAGAUCAUUGUGUUUAAAAUUCCCGCUGAAGUACAGAUCCCUGAUGAAUUUCUUAAGCAAUAUUCUCCGAGAAGAAGGUGGGUUCGAGUACAAGAAGGCAAUUGUAGAUUCAAUUGUGAUCCUUAUUAGUGAUAUCCCUGAUGCAAAAGAAAGCGGGCUGCUUCAUUUGUGCGAGUUCAUUGAAGAUUGUGAAUUCACCUACCUAUCCACGCAGAUACUCCAUUUCCUUGGAAUUGAAGGGCCAAAAACCUCAGAUCCUAGCAAGUAUAUUCGCUAUAUUUAUAACCGAGUAAUUCUUGAGAAUGCAACUGUUCGGGCUAGUGCAGUGAGCACAUUAGCUAAGUUUGGUGCUAUAGUUGAUGCAUUAAAGCCUCGUAUAUUUGUUCUGUUGAAACGUUGUCUUUUUGACAGUGAUGACGAGGUUCGUGAUAGGGCAACACUCUAUCUGAAUAUGCUUGGGGGUGAUGGUUCGGUUGUUGAAACUGAUAAAGAAGCAAAGGACUUCCUCUUUGGGUCACUGGAUGUCCCACUGGCCAACCUGGAGACAAGUUUGAAAAAUUAUGAGUCCUCGGAUGAACCAUUUGAUAUUAAUUCUGUACCUAGGGAAGUCAAGUCUCAGCCGCUUGCUGAGAAGAAAGCCCCAGGUAAAAAGCCUACUGGUUUGGGUGCUCCUCCAAGUGGUUCCACAACCACUGUUGAUGGAUAUGAGAGGCUGCUAUCCUCUAUACCAGAGUUUUCAAACUUUGGAAAGCUUUUUAAGUCCUCAGCACCUGUAGAACUGACAGAAGCAGAAACAGAAUAUGCAGUCAAUGUUGUCAAGCAUAUCUUUGACAACCAUGUUGUGUUUCAGUACAACUGCACCAAUACGAUUCCGGAGCAAUUAUUGGAAAAUGUCACUGUUAUUGUGGAUGCUUCGGAAGCUGAGGAGUUCUCUGAAGUAGCAUCCAAGCCUUUAAGAUCUCUUCCUUAUGAUUCACCGGGACAGACAUUUGUGGCAUUUGAGAAGCCAGAAGGAGUCCCUGCAGUUGGAAAAUUUUCAAAUGUGUUGAAGUUCAUUGUUAAAGAGGUUGAUCCAAGCACUGGUGAGGCAGAGGAUGAUGGUGUUGAAGAUGAAUACCAGCUGGAGGACCUUGAGGUUGUUGCAGCAGAUUACAUGUUGAGAGUAGGUGUCUCCAAUUUCAGGAAUGCAUGGGAAAGCAUGGGUCCAGAAUGUGAGCGGGUGGAUGAAUAUGGCCUUGGUCCAAGGGAGAGCUUGGCAGAGGCUGUGAGUGCCGUCAUCAACCUUCUUGGCAUGCAGCCUUGUGAGGGCACAGAAACAGUCCCAAACAACUCGAGGUCACACGCAUGUUUGUUGUCUGGGGUAUACAUAGGCAAUGUGAAGGUGCUCGUUCGGUUGUCAUUUGGAAUUGAUGGACCGAAGGAGGUUGCAAUGAAGCUGGCUGUUAGAUCUGAGGAUGAAACUGUGUGUGAUGCCAUUCACGAGAUUGUAGCAAGCGGCUAGUUGGUUUCCUCCCAAAGGAUUCUUUCAUUUCAAUUCUAUUUCAGCCUUUGGUUCAUCCUUCUAAUGGAUCCAUGAUGGAUGGCUGCAAACGAGUACACAGUGGGGUUGUAGAAAGAAAAGUGAGAUGCUACCUUUCGGUGAGUGUUUUGGCUUGCGGGAGGGGUUCAUUUUAAAUCACAAAAUUAGUUGAGCUCAUUUCUGUACUGGUCCUUUGGUAUGGUGUCAUUGGCCUCAAUGGGUUAAAGAGGGGAUCUGUGUCCUGUCACACAUGUUUUGCUUCUUGUUUUAUCCUUCUCUUUUGUUUUUUUGCUUUUUUGUUUUUAUUAAUUGUAGGUUUCAUAAAUGCCUGCUUGAUUGAGAUUUGGCGCACAAGUCUUGUGAAUUUUGAGGUACUGCCUAGUUUAUUAUAUUUUUUUUGUAUUGCUACAACAAGAAGAACAGCUAAGCCCACCAUCCUCUUACCCAUUUGUAUUGGGCUAAUUUGUAUUCAGUUUUUAUGCUUUUGAAAACUUUA